AUGAGACACAGAUCGACGAGCCGGACACCGAGGCACUUGCAACCGUCACGGACCCAGAGCCCGAGGCACUUGGAACCGCGAUCACCGAUGGAACCGUCACGAACCCCGAAGCCAACCACGGACACCGAGCCGACCGUCACUCCGACCCCCAAUGGGACCCCCUCUGGUUCCAUGACAUCAGGGGGUGAGCCAGACACGGAGGUUUCUUCCUGUGUAGCCGUUAACCUUUUCCCCGAAGUCCCGGAUGGCUAUGUGACGAGGCGGGAUCAGCUUGCGAUGCGUCCCAAAAAGGACAAGGGCAAGGGCAAGGGUAAGGGUGCAAAGAAGGGCAAAGGUGAAAGCUCCAAGCCUGCAAAGCUCUCUCGGACAAAGUCGAGCAAGAAGCUUGGCAAGCUCAAGCGUAUGAACGCCAAGUCCAAUCAGGCCUUUGAGGAUGAAGGCGACGAGCUCGGUGCUGGUGCCGUGGAAGACGCGAUGCCUUCAGAGCCUUCUUCCAGCUCCAUGCCCAAGCCAAAGAAGGCCCCGAAGCGCAAAGCCUUGCCGCCCACCCCGGAGAUUGAGGAUCCGCAGCCAAAGAGGGCCCCGAAGCGCAAAGCCUUGCCACCCACGCGUGAGAUGAUUGAGGAUCCGCAGCCAAAGAAGAGGGCCCCGAAGCGCAAAGCCUUGCCGCCCACCCGUGAGAUUGAGGAUCCGGCCCCGAAGCGCAGAGCUGCGCCUCCCACCCGUGAGAUUGAGGAUCCGGCCCCGAAGCGCAGAGCUGCGCCUCCCACUCGUGAGAUUGAGGAGCCAAGUGUGACGGCGCCCAAAGGCUUAGGGAGGGGCGGGAAGGUGCCGAGGUUUGCUUCCGGCUUCGGACCGGAAGACUUCCAGUCCAACCUCAAGCUCGAUAGCCCCGUCAACUCCAUGGAAGCAGCGGCCGGGAAGCUGUUGGAGAUUAUGCAUGAGUGCACAAGGGCGGGGGGCCACACACCGAACACAUCCCCUCAGUUUCCUCUCAAAGCUCCUGUUCGAUUGAGCGUUUAUUGGAAGAAGCCCGCCGUUGGGGUCAAGGUUGAGAGAUUCGAAGGUUGUGUCGUCAAGACGCCCCAGUUGCAUUUUGUGUCUUGGAAGUCACCUUGCAUCUGCACACAGAUCUAUGUAGCUUCCCAGCUUGGCAAUGCAGAGUGGUGGUACACUGUCCAGAGGGAUAACCAGAGGGAUCGCAAAGUCAACGAGCUGAAGGACAUGCUGAUGCAGGCUCACACCAGCGCGGUGCGGACCUUCACUGGCGAGAAUGAUGAGUGA